AUGUCCUCGUAUGACACGGCGUCGAUUUUUACGCAGUACUGCUACCUCGACUUUGAUCAAACCUGGGAAAUGGCCAACUCGAUCAAGCGCCAAGAGCGAUGCAAGUCAAUGGUCAGUAACGGUGCUGUCUUUUUGGCGUCUCUGCUUCGGAAUGUGAACCUGACAAUGUACUGGGGCGAAGAAUUUGAGAUUGGGUUUGGCUCUGAGCUACGUCAAUCGAAGGCCGGUCGAGCUUUGGUAGCGACGUUCACUCCGCCGUACCUCGCGAUCCCCGAUGAAGUGGCCUAUUGGACGUCAAAAGGUAUUGAAUCGUAUACGCUGCAGUGGCAAAACUACAAGUCGAUCGGCUUGACGACCACAUACAACAUUGUCAACGCGUACGGUGCCGCGUACAGCUUUGCACUGCAAUCGACGGCGACCUACGCUCGCUUCACCAGUGCAACGUCGUACAUCAUGUAUUGGGCCUUGGACAGCGACCUUGCCUACGUCUGGAGCAACCGCACAAGCAUGAGCCAUAAAAGUCUGCUUCGCGCCAGCAGUCGCUUCGCCUUUUCGAACGCGUCGCUCCAGGAUAUUUUGAUUGAAGAUUGGUACCUGCCCCAACCGCCGUGGAGCGCCAACUACGCUCUUGUAUCCUCGCUCCUUGGGCCGUUUGGGUCCAUCGACAUGGUGUAUGUCACGGUACCGUCGACGCUUCGACAGUUUGUGCAAACAAUUCUCAGCGUCGCCGCACCCGCUCGACAACGUCAUUCGGAUGCGUACAUGGCAAUCUCGAGUACAUCUGGUACUGCACCAGCGCCG